AUGUCAGAUGAUGACUCUUUUUACUCAGCUUGCAACUCGCCUUCGUCUUUUCUUUCUAUUGAUAGCUCAGAAUCUGAGUUUCAUAAUACUGAUACCCUUGGCGAUUCAUUAACGCGCGAAUUCCAAAACUUCACGAACUUUCUAAACGUCUGUCAUAUAAAUGCCCAAAGCAUCCCUAGCCACUAUAACGAUCUACUUGAUACUUUCUCCUCGUCUAAUAUUCAUGCUAUUCUGAUUUCAGAAACAUGGCUUAAACCAAACCUUGCUUCUACAUCUUUUAGUCUUCCUGGUUUCAUAUUACUUCGCAAUGACCGCACGGGAAAGGGUGGCGGAGGCGUUGCCAUUUACAUCCGUAAUGACGUUCCUUUCAAAAUUGUUUCUUCUUCUCCCUCUCUAUACUCCAGUUCUUUGGAACACUUGCUCAUCGAGAUCAAGGUAAAGGGUAUAAAAGUGGCUCUAGGGGUGGUGUAUUGUCCUCCUUCUAUAGAUUACUUCUCUUCGUUCGAAACUUUACUCUCAUCUCUUAGUACUGAAUACACUCAUCAAAUAAUCAUGGGCGAUUUUAAUACAGACCUCGUGAAAGACAGCAUGAGAGCUCGCUCUUUGAAAGCAGUGAUUGAAUCUGUAGCUUUAACCAUUCUACCUCUUGAGCCUACUCAUCACAACGUAGACGCGUCGGAUACCUGGCUAGAUCUUAUACUUGCCUCCUCUAUUGAUCACGUGGGUAAGGCUGGACAAUUUUUGGCACCAGGUUUUUCACGACAUGACCUCAUUUAUUUGAGCUACAAAAUUAAACCACUUAAGGCUCAGCCUGCUACAGUUCAACUACGUAGUUUCGCGAGACUUGACAUGGAAGUGUUAAAAAAGGACGCGCAGGCUUUUGAUUGGGGCCCUACGUUGUCAGCAUCAACAGUUGAUGAGGCGGUGUUUUCAUUAAACUCCGCAGUUCUGAAACUUUUUGACACUCGCGCGCCAAUUCGAUCUGUCAAACUAAAGCGCCCUCCUGCGCCAUGGAUAACUCGAGCAGUCCGUAUUGCAAUGACAAGACGAGAUCGUGCGUUUAGGAAAUACAAGCGCGACCGAUGUAAACCGCAAAGUUCUUACAAUAUAACUUCUUCCUUCUCCUUAAAUGAGCUGAAUACUCACUUUGCCAAAACUGCAACUUUAGACACCAACACCAAACAGCAAAGUAUUGCAUUUAUUAGAGCACUGCCCAAAAUUUCAAAUUCUGUUUUUAUGUUCACCUCAGUAACUGAAGAUGAGGUCAGGAAAGUGGUUUUGUCAAUCAAAUCUAAUGCUGUUGGGCACGAUGACGUUUUCGACCAGGUCAUAGUACUUCUACUGCGUUGCUAA